UUCAGUGAGGAAAUGGAAAAGAAAAAUGGGUCCUUGCUGACAGAAUUCCUACUCACGGGACUUACAGAUCAUCAAGGGCUGCAGGUACCCCUGUUUCUCAUGUUCUUGUUUAUAUACCUCUUCACCAUUGUGGGGAACCUUGGGCUGAUAGCUGUCAUCUGGAAUAACCCGCAACUUCAUAUCCCCAUGUACUUGCUUCUUGGGAGUUUAGCAUUUGUGGAUGCCUGGAUAUCAUCCACAGUGACUCCCAAUAUGUUGGUAAACUUGAUAUCCAAGAGCAAGUUGAUGUCUCUCUCUGAAUGCAUGAUACAAUUUUCUGCUUUUGCGUUUGGUGGGACUACAGAAUGCUUUCUCUUAGGAGUGAUGGCUUAUGAUCGCUAUGUUGCCAUAUGCAAGCCUUUACUUUAUCCAGUUGUUAUGACCAACAGACUAUGCAUCCGUCUCUUAGUUUUAUCAUUUGUAGGUGGCUUUCUUCAUUCUCUAAUUCAUGAAGGGCUUUUAUUCCAAUUAACUUUCUGCAAUUCCAACAUAAUACAUCACUUUUUUUGUGACAUUAUACCAUUGUUUAAGAUUUCCUGUACUGACCCUUCUAUAAAUUUUCUAAUGGUAUUUAUUUUGUCUGGUUCAAUACAAGUAUUCACCAUUGUGAUUGUUCUUGUUUCUUAUACCCUGGUUCUCUUUACAAUAUUAAAAAAGAAGUCUCUCAAAGGCAUAAGAAAAGCUUUCUCCACCUGUGGAGCCCAUCUCUUAUCUGUGUCUUUGUACUAUGGCCCUCUUCUCUUCAUGUAUGUGCUUCCUGCAUCUCAACAAGCAGAUGGUCAAGAUAUGAUGGAUUCCCUCUUUUACACUGUAAUAAUACCCCUGUUAAAUCCAAUUAUCUACAGCCUGAGAAACAAGCAAGUUAUUGAUUCACUGACAAAAAUGUUAAAGAGAAAUAUUUAG